AUGUCUUCUCCCCGAGAAACUCGGGACCAGAAGAAGAUGUCACGGAUGACACGGAAGGGGGCCCUAGAGGUGGCAUCCCUCACCUCAUCCAUGGAUGAGGAUGAGGAGUAUGGCUUCCGAGAUCCAGACCAGGAGGUGGAUUCCCUGCCUCAGCCUUACCGCUUCAUCAACAAGAUGGUGACACUUAUUUUGGACCGGGCGUGGGAAAUGAUUGAGAAAAGAGAUGCGUUGCAUGAGGCUCAACGCAGCCGGCUGCGACCCACCACCUAUGGCCCCCAGGCCGAGAGCAAGCUCAGCAGCAAGCCCACCUGCAUGGCUGUUUCCCAAGAGUACAUGUUUAUUGGUGGCGCCAACGGCUUCUCCAUCUACAACCUGCUCAGCGGGUAACAGCUGUAUGUCUGGGAGAAGUUGAAGGUGGAGGUCACAUCCAUCUGGACCCGUGGACUUGGAGGCGAGACCCUCCUUGUGCUCCUGGAUGAGAACGGCACUGUCAGGCUCCUCUACUUCUGCAGGGAUUGUCUUUACCUCAUCAAAACCAUCAAUGACACAGAAGAAGCCAACAAGCAAACAACCUGCGUCAAGAAGCAGCUCUCAGUCGGAGGGGACUUCGCUGCCUUCCUCCUGCAAGGGGCUGGCGACCUCUGGCUGGAGGUGUACAGAUUGCCCAAGGAGGCUUGGCUCAAGGAGGUGGAGCACCCCCAGAUCUCUGUGAAUUCCAAGAAAAAGGCCAAACAUCUACAACAGAGAGACAUGGGACCAGUGUGUAGUGAUCCCAUCUGGCAGGAUUCAGGCAUCUCCUACAAAGCAGACAUCAAGCUGAGUCCCCCGGUGCAGAUCAUGAAGAUCAAACCACCCAAAAACCAAUCGUUAAGGUCGAUUGUUCUCUUGGUAGGCACCACCCUGAAAAGCCCCCUGGAGGUCUUUGCCCGGGUUGAAGACAACAACAGCCUGGGCUGGGGGCAGAACCACUACAUCAAGGAGACCCAGUGGGAGCAGGAGGCCUGCCAUCUUCAACACAGCCCUACAAAGGCUUCGCUGAGUGGGGAGUGGGGCGAGGAGCCGCCCAGGCACAGCUACUUUUCACUUCUUCCUCUAUGGGAGUAUGAUCUCACCACCUUCGGAUGCCAGGAGCCCCCCGGACCAGGCCCAGUGCUCUGUCAUAUGCCCGUCUCCCUUCCAGGGGUACCUUGUCUCCUCGGCCUCCACUGGAUGGGGACCCAUAACUUCCUCUUCUUCUCACUUAACCGGACUCUGAAGGAUAAGGCAGACCCCGAGGGCGUGUGGCCCUUCGCGGCGCCCAUCACUAUGUCACAGCUAAACCAGACCUGCACCUACCUGAUGGUGGCCUGUGAGGAUGGGGUGCUGACUUUGUGGGACGUGCAAGAAGGGAUUCCCCUGGGGGUGGUGGCACUGCCUGAGGGCUGUGCGUGCCAGAGCCUCCACUACCUGAAGCCAUAUCUGGAGCACAAAGGCCGCAGCCUGUUCCCUGACCCCCCACCCCAGUGGCAUAUGCAGUGCGCAGUGCUGUGCUCAGACGCCUCCCUCCACCUAGUCUCGGCCCAGGGCACCCAGGACCUGUCCAUCCGGGUCCUCGUGGACAGGCCUGUCAAAUUCCUGGAUGAAGUCAUCUGUGAUGUGGCUCCGGUCGGGAGCUUACCUGGCAUGAUGCUGCUCUUCUUCCAGAACGGCCUAGUGCAGCUCCUGGACGUGACCAUAACACAGACCAUCUGUGCCUUCGCACCCCUGACACCCCAGCACUUGACCGGGCCCUGGUGCCCCAUGUUCAUUGUGUCUCCCCAGCAUCCCUUCUUCUUGAUCCAAGGUCUGGGAGGGGCUUUGAGCCAGAGAGGGGGGCAUUUCCCCAUCAGUCCCAUUCCCAAGCCUAGGGUUGCCCCAGCCUUCUCCUUUGAGUCCUGGGACCCCCAUAGCUCCCCCCAAUGA